GCACGGGUACCGCACUUGUAGAAUACAAAGGCAGAGAGAGUGCAAACUUUCAGAUUCAAAUCGCUCCAGUCCCAAAAUCGCUUCUCCGCCUCUCAUCUGCUCCUCCGCCCGAAAUCGCUCCAGUCCAAAUCUUUUGCUCCACGCGGCCACGCCUCUGCUGCAAAUUGCCUCCGCUGCAAAUCGGCUCUGCCUCCGCCCCAAAUCGCCCCAUAGUUCGGUCCGGUCCGGUCAAGGUUGAGAGAACAAGUAAUUUUGGACGUGGGAGCAUAACUAAGAAAUGGCAUCUUCAGAUGAUGAAGGUGAAAUGGUUCCAGAGAAUGUAUCAGACUACGAAUUUAUUUCUGGUGAUAAUGAGUCAAUUUCAUUUGCCUCAUUACCGGUGGAGUGGAAUUCAGGCGAGAUGCAUGAAAAAACAAAUGAUCAGAUCUUUUUGUCUGGCAGAACUGAUAAUGGGCUUCGUAAAAUUUAUAAGCAGGUUAUUGCUUGGAAGUUCGAUCUUUCCUUUGAUAAGCCUGAGAUCUCAGUAUUGUCAGUAGAGAAAAACUGGAUCAAGCUUCUGAAGCCACGAAAACCUUUUGAGGGCAUAAUCAGAACAAUUCUUAUCACAUUGCAACUUCUACACUUUUCAAAGCGGAAUCCUCAGCAAUCACAACAAGCUUUGUGGGAUCAUCUUAAUAGAUGUUUCAGCAUGUUUGAUAAAAGGCCUUCUGAGGAUGAUCUGGUAAACCACUUGUCUUUAAUUAAAGAAGUUGUUAAGCGGGAUGACACGUUGGCGAACUCCAAGAUUGUGAAGCCUCCUUUUAUAAAUGAUAAUUUGGAGGGAUCUGACAAGACUGAUGAAAAUGGGGACGCCGAUAAUCAGCAAGGUUUGGACAAUCCUGAUGACAGUGGAGAUGAUGAUAAGGAUGAUUGUUUUGACUCUGUUUGUGCCAUUUGUGAUAAUGGUGGUAACAUAUUAAUCUGCGACGGCAAGUGUAUGAGGUCGUUCCAUGCAACUGUUGAAGCUGGUGAAGAAUCAGAAUCACACUGUGAAUCUUUGGGUUUUACUGAGGAAGAACUCGAAGCGAUUAAAGAUGUUCCAUUUAUUUGUAAGAAUUGUGAAUAUAAGCAGCAUCAGUGCUUUGCUUGCGGGAAAAUGGGGUCUUCUGAUGAGUCUUCUAGUCCCGAGGUUUUCUGUUGUGUUAAUGGUGCUUGUGGGUACUUCUAUCAUCCUCAUUGUGUUGCAAAACUUCUCCAUCCCGGGAAUGAGGCAGCAGCAGAGGAGCAAAAGCAAAAGAUUGAUGCGGGUGAAAAGUUUGUAUGCCCUGCUCACAGGUGUCAUGUAUGUAAAGAAUUAGAAGCGAGGGAUAUUUAUGAGUUGCAAUUCGCUGUUUGCCGCCGUUGUCCGCAUGUAUACCAUAGAAAAUGUUUGCCAAGGGGGAUUGGACUGGAAGGUGACCCUAACCGAGGAAUUGUACAAAGAGCUUGGGAUGGAUUGAUUAAAAACCGUUUACUAAUUUACUGCUUAGAUCAUGAAAUCGAUCUGGAGCUUUCUACGCCUGUCAGAGACCAUAUCCAAUUUCCAGGUCCCCAGCGCAAGAAAAAGAACAAGGUACCAGUGGAAUAUAGUAUUAAGAAGAAUCAAAUGAAGAAAGGAAGUCUCGGUUUCGGAAAUACUUCGGAGAAGGUAAUACCUGCGAAACCACUAAAAGGACUAUCCAAGGUGUCUUCCGGUUCAAAGCAAGGUGGUAUAUCUAGAAGAAGAGCGGAGGAACCGCUUGCUGGAAGGACUAUCAAAAUGCAAAGAGCUACAAAUAAGAAUGAUGUGGGGAAGCUGAAGGGACAUAUGAUUAAUGAAAGGGAGAUGUCUCUAGGAAACAAGUUAUAUUCAACCUUUUAUGCAAUGGAUUCUGAAAUAGACAAAGUCUGUGAAGGGGCUGGUGUUCAUGGUGGAGAUGAGAAAACUCAGGCUAAGCCUACAGCCAGGAGAAUAGAUAAUCCUUUCACUAUUGAUGCUGAUACCAAAAAAAGAAUAUUUAAAUUGAUGAAGGAUGCUUCAUCGUCAUUGACGCUUGAACAAGUUAAAGAAAAGUAUAAAUCACCAUCAACACAUACUCACAAUUCAAAUUUUUCUGUGGACAAUGUUACAUUGGGAAAGGUGGAGGGUUCUAUUCAGUCUUUACGUGCUGCAUUGAAAACAUUAGAAGGAGGAGGCAGUAUUCAGGAUGCCAGAAUGAUUUGUGGGAAUGAUCUUCUCGUCCAGAUGUCGAGAUGGAAGGAUAAGAUGAAAGUGUAUCUUGCUCCAUUUCUAUAUGGCAUGCGCUAUACAUCAUUUGGUCGCCAUUUCACUAAAUUGGAUAAGCUAAAAGAGAUAGCUGAUAUGCUCCAUUCCUAUGUUCAAGAUGGUGACAUGCUUGUUGAUUUUUGUUGCGGUUCAAAUGAUUUCAGCUGCGUUAUGAAAAAGAAACUUGACGAAAUGGGGAAGAACUGCUCAUUCAAAAACUACGAUAUCCUACAGCCAAAGAAUGAUUUUAAUUUUGAGCAAAGAGACUGGAUGCAAGUGAGACCAGAUGAGUUGCCAAAUGGGUCGCAGCUGAUCAUGGGCCUGAACCCACCUUUUGGAGUCAAUGCAUCGCUUGCCAACAAAUUUAUUAAUAAAGCUCUCGAGUUCAAACCGAAGUUACUAAUCCUCAUUGUUCCAAGAGAGACUGAGCGGUUAGACGCAAAAGAGUGUCGAUAUAACCUGAUUUGGGAGGAUGAUCAGAUGUUUGCUGGCAAGGCAUUUUAUCUGCCUGGAUCUGUCGAUGUAAAUGACAAACAAAUCGAGGACUGGAACGUGAAUGCACCUGUUCUUUAUCUCUGGAGUCAUCCAAGUUGGACCUCCAAGCACAAGGCCAUUGCCGAGCAGCAAAGAAAGCUUAAGUUGGAGGAGAAUCAUAAAGAUAAUCAAGUCCCUAAUCCUACCAUGGAACUUCAUGAUCUUGGCAAGUCUCUUGUGAUGAUUAAAGCUGAAGCUCCAGUUAAUAAUCCCGAAAAUAUUGGACCUGCAGAUAAGGUAACGGCAAGCAACCAGGAGAAUGCACCAGUUGAUAAAACAUCAGACAAGAAUAACCGGGAAAGAAAUACCAACAGGCGAGGAGGAGCUAAAAACAAAAGGAAAAAUCGACCAGAUAGCAUGUCCCGUGAGGAGGACGCGAACGCCAGAAAACGCCACGUGUCGCCGAAUUUGGCCAAUCGCAGAUCACUCGAGAGAAUUUCGCCCAAUCUUCCUGAAUAUCCGCAGCAAAUUUACUCGGGAAGGCAACAGUCAAAUUUCCCUACCUACCAUCAGCCUUAUCCUCAGGAUGCUGCCACUGUGUACAACGGUAACGAGACAUUGGAUGAUGUGGUGAGGAGGUACAGCUUGAGCAGUGUCGCUGGCCCAAGCCCGAGCCCCAGCCCAAGGCCCGAUUAUGGUUACCCUUACGGGUCUCGGUACAUGAAUGAGGAGCCCAAUUUGUUGGGUCAAAGGGGCUCUUUUCAUCCGUCAUCUUAUGCGGGCCCCGAGUUCCCGUCUGCUUUCGGGCAGGCGAAUCCAGCUGGCAAUCCUACAUCUGCAAUGCAGAGGUACGCGUCUCGUCUGGACGAGAUGAAUCACGGUCAGGCGACGGGAAUGUAUCAUCCUCGUGGUGCGAGGCCGGCAUCGUCUCAACCGGGAUCUUUGGGUUUUGCGCCAGGCCCAUAUCGCUCUUAUUCGCAGAGCAACUCCGGAUGGCUUAAUGAGUAGACGUGUGUUAUUGCAUGUGUGGGUGGUGUGUUAUGGGGCUUUUUGGGGAACUUGGUUCUGUAUAUAAAUAAAUUUUAGUGGUAGGGUGUAGUGAACUUUAUUUUUGGUUGGAUUUUAUACUUUUUUUUUUUAUUGGUAAAUGUUAGAUUUUCUACUUUUUGAUACUUGACGUGAUUGCAUUUUGUUUUGAACUCGAAGCAUGUAAAUAGAUAAUUUAUCUAGAUAAUUUAUCUAAUCCUUGUGCUCAAGUAUGUGCUUGAAUUUGUUAGAUUGUUGAGAAUUUGAUAGGUGGCCAGGUGUAAAUGAGCCGAACUUGAGCUCAUGUUAUUCGACGAGCUUAUA